UGCGUUGCGUUUGAAGCGCGGCUGCUCUGACAGCAGGAAAGUAGUGAGGAGGCGUCCGUCCGUCCGCACACGAACAAACUGGGAAAACACGCCGAAGGGACGAACGUCCCGUUUAAACACGGAGAUUUAAGCGAAUAAACCACCGGGCGGAUUUUAAAAACUACUUUACCUCCGUUUCGGAGGCUUGAGGACGGUUUCAGGGGGACUCUGUGGAUCCAGUCCGCAGUGAGAAGCGCUGUUUGGGGGCUGAGGCACCAGCAGGGGAGGGAGGCGGGGCGGGGGGACUUUCACAAGGCUAGGCUAGGCUAGGCUAGGCUAGUUAGCACGCUAGGCUAACAGCUUCAUCCUCCUAGAAACCACCGAUCUUUGGGAAGAUUAACAGCAGCCUGGAGUUAAAACGGCGGCUCCGGAAUCACCCGAAGAGAAAGAAAGAACGAUCUCAGCGCCGGAAAACCUGUUGCCUGGCAACGUUAGCGCAGCUAGUUAGCAUAGCUAGUUAGCUCCUCAGCAGGGAUGAAGCUAAACGCAUCAACAGGCAGGACUUAACUCACAUUUACACGCUAACACAAAGCCAUUAGACAUUAAUUAGCAUUUUAAUUAAGUCGUGCGGCUAAAGGCGCCUGCUGCUGGUUUCUGAGACUUUCAUUUGUGAUUUAUUUCUGUUUUUGUCGGUUUUUUUUUUUUUUUUGACUUCUUGGGCUCAGCUAACUUUUAAUUUCCGAGCUGUCGGUGGGCGUGUUGUUAGCAUGGAGGCUCGGCAGCCCGGCAGCAGCAGCAGCAGCAGCUCGGAGCGGUUACAUAACGCAAGCAGGUCGCGGGAGAAGCUGCUGAACGUCCCCUCCUCAGCCCGGCUCUGACAGACAGACAGGUACACAGACAGACAGACAGACAGACAGACGGACAACAACACUGCAGCAUGGAGGAGGUCUGAACCUGCUGGGAUACAAACUCAUCACGGAACAUUUAGCUGAAGAUGGAUUCAACUCCGCUGAUAAACGCCAUGGACCCGUCCAUCACGCUGUGGCAGUUCCUGCUCCACCUGCUGGAGGACCAGCGGCAGCGACACCUGAUCUCCUGGACAGGUGAGGACGGAGAGUUCAAGCUGCUGGACGCCGAGGAGGUCGCACGGCUGUGGGGGCUCCGCAAGAACAAGCACAACAUGAACUACGACAAGCUGAGCCGAGCACUGAGAUACUACUACGACAAGAACAUCAUAAAGAAGGUGAGCGGUCAGAAGUUUGUCUAUAAGUUCGUCGGUCAGCCCGACCCCUCGCUGCCUGAGGGGCCACGCAACGGCGAGGAGGGCCAGAGGAGGGACAACGCCGACCCAAACGGCCAAUCAAAAGGCCAGGGGGGCGUGGCCUCAACCUGUCCGUCGAAGGGCUUACCCCAGCGCUCGUCGCCCUGCGGCUCCCAGAAAAGCUCCCGGAACGACUACAUGAAGUCCGGCCUCUACUCCACCUUCACCAUCCAGUCUCUGCAGGCCUCUCCCAACCCACGGCCAAUCAAAACAGAGCUGCUGCUACAAGACCCCGCCCCCAAGGUGGAUCGCACUGCCAGAGAGGUCUGUGUGUUAUCAGAGGCUAAAUCCCCCCCGUCAGCAGGCGGCGGCGUGGACUCUGCUCUCCAGGUGAUCGUCACUCAGGCGUCCCCCUGUCCCACUCCGGCGCCCAGCCCCCAGAUUCCAGCCACCAGCCAGUCGCAGAAUCCUCCCGCUCCUCCUCUAAACGACCCUCCUCAGAUUUACCUCACCAGGGUCGGGGAUCCGUCCUCGCUCACCCCCCUCAUUCCCCUGGGUCCUGUCGGGGGCUCGGUGAGUCCUGUCCCGCCACCCCACAUAUCCGUGGGGCCGCAGCAGGACGACUGCGGCGGAGUCACCAGCUCCAGCUUCCCGCCUCAACCCUCUCUGCUCCCACCCUCCUCACCCCCAGCCUGUCUUUGUCAUCAUCAACCCCCUCCCUCCCAGCAGCAGCAGCAGCAGCAGCAGCAGGCGGCGGCGGCCGUGGUGGCUGCUCCUCUCGCUGUCGCUCCUCCUCCCCUCUGUUCCUCACCGGUCGUCCCCUCCCCCAUCGUCAUCAAGGAGGAGACCCUGCCGUCAGAGGAGGAGCUGCUGAAGAUGGUGUCUCUGGAGGGAAACAGGCGGAGGAGGUUGAGAGGAGGAGACGAACUCAUUGAAACGCAAACUCUGCACGACCGGGCGAGACGCCGACAGCAGAAACAGCUGAUCAGACGUGAGCUACGAGUUCGCUACACUCAAAACAAGACGAACGUCCAGGAGCAGCCAGAGGAGUUUGUUUUGCUCAGAGGAGGUGACUCAACAAAGCGCGGCCGUGGUUUUCAUAGAAACUACCUGAAGGAGAUGACAAUGCUGACGUCUUCUCUCUCUCUCCCCCUUCAGUUUCCCACCAACGGCAGUAACCAGAUCCACAUCCCGGCUCUGAGCGUCGACGGCCUCUCCACCCCCGUGGUCCUGUCCCCCGGCCCCCAGAAACCCUGAGCGCCCCGCCCGCCUCGCACAGCUCCUCGCUGGGCACAGAGCUCGCCUUCGCCUCCGGGAGGGUCGGAGGAGGCCGCCUGGACUGAUUCUGAAACUUCCACAUAGUUUUUUGGGGCGCUGUCGCCCGACCGGUAAGACUGGGAGAGUUGGUGGUUUAUGGGAACCUUUUGCUGCUGGGGAGUCGUCGCCCAGACCAGACAAAAGACCCGGUUUGUGAACGUCUGCGAGGCCGGAGCCUCCGAACGCCUCUGCUGAACAUUUAGCCGGUGCAGAGAGCAGCUGGGUGUCGGGCCUUCAGCCUCCUUCGUUUCUGUAUCGGCACUCGAACACUUGGACGAGGGGAAAGAAACAGAAAUCUGAUCUAAAGAGUGUUUCUCUUCCUCUACGGACGCCGUUCAGCUGGCGGUCUGUAAACUGUGAAAAAAAGAAAAAGUUUAUAACUGGAACCAGAUCGUGUUGUUGAGUUUUUACUGGAGAAAUGAAAUCAUUUUAAAUUCAGAACCGUUUGUUUUCUCUGAUCCACGGCUCGGACAUUUUGAAAGGAACUGAAGAGGUUUUGAUGUGAAGGUUUGACCUGAGCCUCAUUAAUAUUCAUGAGGUCGUCUGAGGAAACCUGCGGAUUCCAGAUUUAUCUCAAGUUCUUUCUCGUGGGAUCUUUUUCGGGCCUUUUUGCUCUUCGCUCGUCGUCUGUUUUUUAAAAAGUGUCUAUUUAUUUCUGUUUCCUGUUUUCAGCGUUCUCUGCAGAUUCUUUAACCUGAUGGCGUUUUGCGGCUCCUGACUGUACGGGGCGAGGCAGACUCUCUCGCUCCCAGAUGAACAUUUUAUAAACUCGCUUUGCUGGAUUCAUCCAGAAACGACUUUUAGGGCCAUUUAAGGGGUUUUGCUUCGCUCUUAUUGGCCACGCCUUUCUCCAGUUAUGCCUGGCCUGUUAUUGGACUGACCUCCUCCGCAUCAUUUUGAACUGACCAAUCACAGAGGAGAGAUGUUGAUGAUGAUGGACCUUUCCGCCUUCGUCGGCAGCCAAGUUUUUUCUCUUAAUGUGGCGGUGUGUAUUUCCUGUGUGGACACAUUCCUUCAGCUUUGCAGGCUGAUGCAGCCGUUUGUUUUCUUGAUAACAGCUGGGCGUCACUUUAAUGUCAGCCUUCAUUCCAGACGUACAGCAGAUUGUUGUUCAGCAGCUUCGAUCAGUGAAUGUUUUUCCUGCGUUUAGUUCCUGAAAGCCUCGGAUUCCUGGUGUUGUUCAUCUGCAGAGAUGUUGCCACAAGUUUUCGUGCGAACGCUGGUUUCCGCUCUCGUCGUUCUGGGACUCGUGCUCAGGCGUUUUUUUUAACUGACAACCUAACAAGCGGAGUCGGGUCGGGCAUCGAGAACCGGUGUUCUGCCUGUAUCUACGCUCCCUUGUUGAAAAAUGCUACCAAAUCAUAAUCGUAACCGCAUCUCGAUAGGUAGCAUAAAUCAUCAGAACACUAGUUUGAAUCUGUACCAAGUUUUCAAGAACCGUGGACUCGUUAAGACCCGUGCGUUUGGAUCCUGCUCCUCGGUUCCUGACUUCCUGCAUGUCUCAUGUUUACAGCCCAUCAAAGUGUCUCUGAUCUGCCAGCAGCUGCUACGCCGACCCAACGUCAACAAAGCGUGAAGAAGAGAGUCCUUCUGGUUCCGGUUCUGGACCGUGGCGGCCCGCAGCAAACGCUCCAAAGUUUGGCAACAAGCUUGUGGCAACAUCAGGAUCUGCACAGAGUGAGGCUGAACCGUCUGUGGACGCUGACGCAUAUUACGCUUCUUCUGAGACUGUUGCUGCUGCUGCUGUUGUUGUUGUUCUUCUUCUUCUUCUGAUGCUAGCUGAGCGCUGUGGUUGCCACGGUAACCUGACCCGACUGUUUGCUGUUAUUGUUGCUGCGGAGCUGAAGCUCCUCGUGGUGAUGCUGUUAACGUGUUUCUACGCUUCUGUGUGAGACGCCGAGGCUGCUGACACGCACACACACAAACCGUAACACACGCACACACACAAACCGUAACACACGCACACACACAAACCGUAACACACGCACACACACAAACCGUAACACACGCACACACACAAACCGUAACAC